AUGGAAAACCUUCCGGUAGAGAUCCUUAACAAGAUCAUAGAUUUUCUCACCCCGCGAGAGAAGGUGCAGCUACAAUCUGUUUGCAAGAAGCUUUUCAGUCUCGGUCGAGAUAAUGCCCCAUGGAAAAUACACUGCUAUGAGCAGUCAUGGGCUGCUAUACAAGCAUCUCGCCCCUCAGGGCGGAUAUCGGAAAGCCUCACACAUCCCACUGCAACUUUGAAUAUCCUUGGGCAAAAUUCACUACGUGAUCUUAUUCAGCCCGUAGCUCCACAAGCAGGGGACAAUGGUUUCGAUAAGCUUCGGGGUUUGGCGCCUUGUGAUUUGGCAAGGGCGGCAGCGGAUUGGGAUUCAUCGAUUGAGGGGGAGCAUGUGGAUUGGUAUUCAGAAUACAUUGCUCGGCAUGGUCCUGUGUCACUCUCAUGGGUACAACAUCCCACGAUACAAGAUGGCGAGAGUCGAGAGCGUAUCCCUAAUGAUGUUAAGGGUAUGGGACUUCUGAGAGACUGGACUGCUACGAGACAGAAUAAGAUUGUUGCACCUCUCGAAGAUGGAAGUGUUUGCAUUUGGGAUCUGAAUCAUUCCCACAGUGCCGAUUCACAAUUGACCAGGGGGAGGAUUGCUGGUAUAAGUGAACCAAGUAUACUUUUGGCUAACCACUCACGGCGAGACCACUGUGAAGGGGUAAAUGUGGAUUCUUUUCAACGAAGAGCCUAUCUAGCCGUUGGAAACGUUCUCAAUGAGGUCGACCUGGAGACUUUAAGGGUAAUUUCUCAACAGCGCUAUCCUUGGACAGUUUGGACUAUGUCACAAGAGACCGAUUACUCAGUACCACUGACCCUAGCUACUACUGUUAGCCUGCAUAUCUAUGACUCAAGAUUAUCUGCGGUUGAAGAGGAUGAGGCGAUCAGUCUGCGAUGCGAGGACUCUGUGUCUAAAAUUCCAGAGUUGGGAAUCUUCACUUAUCCAGACUCACCACAAAUUCGGCUCCAAUCAAACGGGUUACCUCCUCAUAGGAUUCGCAGUCCAGGUCCAUCUGAAAAUGAAAACUAUGCACCUCUCUUUCAACCUGGUCCUCUUUCUAUUCUUCACCCGCCGGCCCCGCAUGUAAACACCAUUAUUCUCGCAGGCCGCUUCCCUAGUAUUCUUUGUUAUGAUCGCCGCUUCUUCCCCCGCCUCGAAAGUACUGUUCAUUCCGGUGGCCGGUUAUGCGGGCUUGCAUCCGCUCCAGGACCGCAGUUUCCCUUCUCCGACUCAACUUAUCCAACCACUCAUAGUGUCGUGGCAUGUGGCGAGUACAAUGGACGAGGGUCUCUAGAGCUCUACAGUCUCGAUUCAUCAUCCAAGGACUCCCAAAGUGACCCAUUAGAGGGAACUUCGACCCUGGUUCCAGCUUAUAAUAAUCGUCAAAGUGCAGCUAGCUCCAAAUUGCUAUCUGUGGCAUCUCACGGGAAUCGACUCGUGUACUCUGAUCUCGAUGGCAAUAUCAAAUGGGCUGAGCGUAACGGCCGGUCAGAGGUCCGCCGCUGGAACAUCAAUAGUUAUGACUCACCGCGUCCAUUUCCCCGGCCUGGUGAGCCAUCAACGAUUGGAAGUUUUGGUGGUCAGACUUCUCAGUCAAAUCAGGGCAGCGAGGUUGCACGUAAGAUUCUUCCUACCGGAGGAAAUCUUACUGGAGAUGAACUUUUAAUAUGGACUGGAGAACGCAUUGGUCGUGUCAAAUUCUCCAUUAGUGCUAGUUGUGAAACGGGCAUAGAGGAAGAGGAAGACGACUGGUUCAUGCAUGCUGAGGUUGAUGAAGAAACUCGAGAAGCAAUGCGGCAUAAGCAGCGCGAUGAUUGGGAGAAGGAGCAGAGAUAUAUCGAGACAAUGCGCCGAGCUCUCGCGAGACAAGCUGAUGAAGUACGAUGGAUGGGGACAUACUGA